CUUGUCCAAACUCUCUUCUCCUCCGUGUAGGUUUGUGAAAAACCUGGAUUUCCAAAAUGAAUAAAGAUGCCCAGAUGAGAGCAACCAUUAACCAAAAGCUAAUAGAAACAGGAGAGCGAGAACGCCUUAAAGAGUUGCUGAGAGCCAAGUUAAUUGAGUGCGGCUGGAAGGAUCAGUUGAAGGCACAUUGCAAAGAUGUCAUUAAGGAAAAAGGAUUAGAGCAUGUUACAGUUGAUGAUUUGGUGGCAGAAAUCACUCCCAAAGGCAGAGCCUUGGUACCAGACAGUGUAAAGAAAGAACUCUUGCAGAGAAUAAGAACCUUCCUUGCCCAGCAUGCCAGUCUUUAACUUUGACAUUCGUCUGGGAUACGGUGUUUCUGUAUUAUGUCAAUCAUGUCAGGAUUGGAACGCAGUUUACAUACUUAAGGAUGGGAAAUAAAUUUUUUUUGUAUGAUGAGUUGCUUUCUUCUGCAUCGAUUCUUAAACUUGUUAUUUUAAUAAAAAAUUCUGUGGACUUGU